AUGAACGUCUCCCCGCCUGUGGCCCUAGGCGCAUUUGAUGCCUCUAUAGAAUUUGGGCAAUCCUUCAGCCAAUGCUCUCCGACAGUACAAGCCGACAUCAUUUCAUUCAUGGCACACAUCCAAGAGAACGAGCCGCCUAAAGAUUUAGUAUCACGCCGUUUGAUCGAUGAGAAGCUCGACUUCAUCCAACAGAUUCUCGACCAAGUACCGCCAAAGGAGAGUCUGGUCCUUAAAAGCAUUCAUUUCGCAGUCCUGCUGCACAUGCCCAAGACCUGCUUGGAGUGCUAUGCCAACCACGUUGAACUGGACCUCGGGUCAGUCCUUUUGGACAUUGAGAAUCUAGUACAGCGGAGAUUCAGCGACCUCAAGGCCCGUCCUAUAAUUCCAUCGCCAGAAUCACAGAAAUGUCACGAAUACGAUAACAAGCUGUGCAUCAUAACUGGCUUUGGCGGCAGUGCACCCUACAACAUCUUUGCUUUCAACCCAAAUGCAGAGCUUGCCAGUCGAUAUCCCUACAAUUUCCAACUUAUAGAGCAACUUCUUGGUUUUUACCAUCCCCCGCCCGACCCAUUCUACCCGUGUGGUCUGGAUCGAUUGCAGGAAGAACUUCGGACACCAAAUUCGUACUGGAACAUGAUCACUAUGAGCCCCAAUCUCGGUCAAAUGUGGGCAUCUGGCUUGUUCGCAUUGAAAUGGAUAACGAACCGGGAGAUCUUUGACAGUUCUCAUCUGAGGACUGGAAAAUCCAGAAUCAAACUCCAUUUUGUGUGGAUGCCUUGCAAUUCUCACAGGCGACGACAAUCCAGUAUUUUGCAGCUCGAAGAAGCCUAUAACCUGGUAGCAGAACUACAACACCAGUGGGGCAGGGAAGCACCGCCAUUCGCCUGCACGAUACCCGACUGCUCUGACUGCAAGUCGACAAAGGCAUUCUCUGCUCACAAUUGUGACACUGGGCGCCCAAUUCGAAGCGGUGACAUAUUCUAUAUCAUUCGCGAUACUGUAGAUUUGCUACCUUGUCGGUUUGCGUUUGACAUACAAUGGGCUCUUUCAUAUGCAUAUGCGGUUUCUGGGCAGUGA